GUAUCACUUCCGCCUGUCGCUAGCUUUCUUAGUAGAGAUUUGUUAGAAACGAGCAGUAGUAUCAUCACCGGAAUAAACACAACGCUUCGGUUUUAACCACGAAGAAAUGGGGAAAAAACACAAGAAGCAUAAACCGGAAUGGAGAACAGUUGAUGACUAUGAGGACAAGGCUCUUGAGAAGCCCCUGAAGCUUGUGCUCAAAGUUGGAGGAAGUGAGGUGACGGAGCUCUCUGGGUCGGGCCAUGACUCCAGCUACUACGAUGACAGAUCAGACUACGAGCGAGAACGCCACAAAGAGAAGAAGAAAAAGAAAAAGAAAAAGUCUGAAAAGGACAAAGACAAAUACGUGGAUGAUGAAGAGAGGAGACGGCGGAAGGAGGAGAAGAGGAAGAAGAGAGAACGAGAGCAGAAUGAAUCAGAGGCAGCAGCUUCUACCGCUGCUGCCAAUACUGGUGUGCCUGUUGAACCUUUCACAUUGUCAAAAGCUAUAAGUAUUGGAUUAGAGCCGGAGGAGAAAAAAAAGAAGAAAGAGAAAGACAGAGAGCUGGAGCUAGAGCCUGAAGUGGAUGAGUUCCACCCCAGUGUGAAGUUGGAAGUAGAACAGCAAGGAGACAGGCCGGUCCGAGCAUGCAGAACACAACAAGAAAGUGAAUCCACUCCUCGUCAACAACUGCUGGAACACUUUUUGAGGCAACUGCAGAGGAAAGACCCCCAUGGGUUCUUCUCAUUCCCAGUAACAGAUGCCAUUGCUCCUGGCUACUCAAUGAUCAUCAAACAUCCAAUGGACUUCAGCACCAUGAAAGACAAGAUUAGAAACAAUGACUACAACACGGUUACAGAAUUCAAGGCGGACUUUAAACUGAUGUGUGACAAUGCCAUGGUGUACAACCGACCAGAGACUGUCUAUUACAAGGCUGCCAAGAAACUGCUUCAUACAGGAUUCAAGAUGAUGAGCAAGGACCGGCUUUUGGCUCUGAAACGCAGCAUGUCUUUCAUGCAGGACAUGGACUUCACCCAGCAGGCAGCGAUUUUGGGAGAUGAAGACCUUGCAGCUGAUAUACCUCCAGCAGAGAUCAUCCCUAUACCAGUGGAAUCAGCUAAGAAGUCCAAGAAACAACCAGUCAAAGACAUGAAGGAAGUCAUCAGUUACCUGUUUGAACCAGAGGGGAACGCCUGCAGCUUGACUGACAGUACAGCAGAAGAGCACGUCCUCGCACUCGUCGAGCAUUCUGCAGAUGAAGCUCGGGAUCGGAUCAACAGAUACAUGCCCAACUCUAAGAUGGGCUACUUGCGUAAGGAGCAAGAUGGUUCUCUUCUAUAUAAUGUUGUAAAUCAGCUUGAUCCUGAUGCAGAAGAAGAGGAGACUCAUAAAGUGGACCUGAGUUCUCUGUCAAAUAAACUUCUGCCUGGAUUAACAACCUUGGGUUUCAAAGAUGACAGGAGACACAAAGUGACGUUUCUGAGCAGUGCCUACAACGUUCAGACCCUCCAGAAGAACUCCAUCUUUCCAGAUCUGCUACCCGAUGAGGUGGACACGCUCUAUUCAGCCUAUGGAGACGACACAGGGGUACAAUGUGCUCUCAGUAUACAGGAGUUUGUUAAGGGCUGCGGAGGUGUCACUAAGCGCUGGGUCGACAGGCUUCUGGACAAGAUGACAGCAGAUGAUCACACUAAAGCUGUUGGUCAAAUCCGACAGAAAAGAAACAUCACACUAAAACCAGAUGAAACCAAAUCCAACAUCUGUGACAUGCAGAUGACAGAUGGCACUGGCCUGGGAGAGAGUGGCUCAGUCCUGGACUUCAUGUCAAUGAAGAACUAUCCUGAUAUGUCUCUGGAUAUAGCCAUGCUAAACUCAUUAGGUAAAACAGUAAAAAAAGAGCCGGGCAACGAAGAGGGCCAGCAGCACUUUGACGACGCAGACAAACUCAUGCAGGAAUUCCAGGAGACUCAGGUCGACAGAGUCGGCUCCAGACCGUCGUCCAACCUCUCCUCCCUCUCAAAUGCAUCAGAGAGGGACCAGCACCACUUAGGGAGCCCAUCGCACCUGGGUGUCGGGGACCAGUCUGAAAUGGUACAUGAUCCCUACGAGUUUCUGCAAUCUCCAGAGCCAGAGAGCACAGCCAACAGCUGACCACACACAAUGCCAUUUUGUUAUCCUGAUGUUAACAACACUGGGUACUCAGCCCUGAACUGUUCAAACACUUUGGAGAUAGCAGGAGCCUCUUACCCGUUUUAAAGACUGAAGCUGAUUGUACAGACUGUUCGUAAUGUAAUCCUAUGUUUUUGUAUGAGUGCAACACUUGAAAAAUAAAUGCUUGCACCUGGA